AUGCUGGCCAAGGAGACGGGGGUGACAAUACUGUUGCUCAAUUUGGCCUUUGAUUUCUAUAGAUGCUGGCCUUUCGUAAAAAGGUCGAUAUGCGCUUUGAAGAUAGAGAAAAAAUGCACCGGCUUAUCAGUGAGAAGCAUAAAAGUAUUGGUUUCCUUGACGCUGCUAGUGUGUCUGAGACUGGCGCUGUUGCAGGGCACAUGGCCAACAUUCUCACCACAAGACAAUCCAGCUGCUUUCCAUCCAAGUUUCUUUGUCAGACUGAUGACGUUCUGCUACCUGGCUGCGUUCAACUGGUGGUUGUUGCUGUGCCCGUGGACGCUUAGCCACGACUGGCAGAUGGGCUCAGUACCACUCAUCACUAGUGGCUGGGACCCUAGGAAUCUGCUGACUUGUGCCGCAUUUGGGGCAUUACUGCUUCUGUGUUAUAGAUGCAUCGCAGACUUAGAGGUACAGAGACAUACUCCGGCUGUGAUCGGACUGUUGUUACUGGUGAUACCGUUCGCGCCGGCCAGUAACCUGCUGGUAACCGUUGGCUUCGUGAUCGCCGAACGUGUGCUGUACAUACCUAGUGUGGGCAGUGUUAUCAUAACAGCAUAUGGUGUGCAACUGAUGUGGUACUCUAAGCCUGGUACCAAAGCAUUCUUGAUCAUCGGUCUCGCAAUACUCGCUGCAAGUGGAGUCGCCAAGACACAGCGCAGAAACGCGGAUUGGCGCGAUCGAGCUACGUUGUUAAGAGCGGAUCUAGCAACUUUGCCGCAAAACGCUAAACUGCACUACAACUUAGGGAACUUUCUCCGUGAAACAGAACAGCAGGAGAACGCUAUCAAACAUUACAAAGAGGCACUCAGGUUAUGGCCUAGCUACGCCAGUGCACAUAACAACAUCGGCACAUUGGUAUCAAGAUCCGAAAAUGCAGAGCACCACUUCCUGCAAGCCAUAAAGUUCAAUAAAUACCAUGUGAAUGCACACUACAACCUUGGGAAACUUUAUAAGAAAACUGGUCGAACAACGCAAGCAGUGAUGAUGUUAGAAAAAUGCGUAUGGCUUCAGCCUCAGUUCGUCCAAGCUUACGUGGAGUUGCUCACUUUAAAACCGGAAGUAGAGAAGCACAGAAUUUUGACAAAACUAGUCGAUCUCGAUCCGAAUAACUGGGAACACUUCGUAUUGUUCGGUGACUGGUUGAAGAGUAAAGGGCUCCCUCUGCCCGCAUCGAAGUACUAUCUAGAAGCCCUGAGGCUUAGCUUUAGAAAUCGUAACGUAGACAAGCCGGGUAGGGGAGAUCUCCUAUCGUUCCGGUCUACAGCUUUGAUGUAUCGGUCGUCGGGGCAAAAGUCGAGAAUGUUGCAACUUUUAACGAGUGCUGCCGCCGCCCAUAUGUAUCUCAGGGACUGGAGACUGAAAAUGGAGCUCGAAGGUCGAGUUCAGAUAUAUUCCAAAGCAGUUAAUCCUACUAGAUCAACGAAAUGUUUCGACCACACAAGACUGUCUGUUACGCAGAAACAAGACAACGCACCAGGAGCCAGGGUCGCAGAGUCUAAAAGUACGAAAAGUGACAACAGUGAUUGUGUAAUGAAAUCGUGCGGGACCAAAAAGAGAAACCUGUCAAUAUCAUCGCAAAUUAAGACUACUCAUAAUAAAUCAGAAAUCGGACUCAAAGAGAAAAAGUGUUUGCAUAUGAAGGAGGAUACUAAAAGCAAAGGUGUUAUGCCUAACAUGACGCCGCCAUUAGCGGAACACAUUUUACUGAAGACAUUUUAGUUAUUAUUCAAAGAGUGUGAUAUUUAAGAGUGAGGUUAAUUUAAUAGCGAGAUGCGAGUUAUGGAUAACCACUAACGGGUUGUUUUGCGUUAAGUUAGAUUGAUGAUAAAAGUUAUAAAGUUAAGAAAAGUAAUUUUGUUUUUAAUGCCAACAUAUUUAUGUCAAGGUUUGAUAAUUGAUUUAUGUUUUCGAUAAAUUUAAACUGUAUUUUAGUUUAUAUUUUAAUUAUCAUAGCUUUUAAUUUUACGGCGCUCUUUUAUGAUUAUAAAAAAUACAAUCUACCUAUAUACAUUCUCAUUCAAGAAAUAUUAUUGUAAUAAUUCGACUUAUGUUAUCCAAGUAUUUGUGGUGAUUCCUCAGCUGAAGUUGACAGAGUUGUGUUCUCUAUUAUUAACUUUGAUGAUCUGGGACGUUAGUUGUAAAUGCCGACAAUAUCGUGAAGUUAAAUUUAUUAAAUAAAAUCGUGUUACUGUUGGAAUUUCCAUUAUUAACUAAGAAUAAUAUUGUUUUAAUAGAAAUAUAAUCCUUUUUUUGAAUUAUUUAAUUAGAAUAGGAUUAUUUUUUUUAAUUAAAAGAGAACGUUACAUACAAUUUCUAUUUUCAUUUUAUUAAUUUCACAUUUAUUCUGGCUAUUCACCCUCCGCUAUCAGAGAUUAGUUCAUUAAUGAAAAUA